AUGGAUGUCUUGUCGAUCUAUGCCUACGUUUGUCGCCGGGUGCCUGGCGCUUCUACUACUCCACCGGUACAUCGUCCGCUGUCUCCGUUACAUCCUCAACCCGCAUCUCCUGUUUCUUUUCGCCAGGCACAUUGUUCACCCUUAUUUACUACAACGUCGCCGUCUCUGGGGCCCAAUAAGCCGGUUCCGCGCCUGCCUCCAUCUGCUUCAUGGGUCCACAGCCUCACGGAAGCUCGUUCCCGGGCUGGAUCUCUCGCGAUGCUGCAUCUAGUCCCAACGCUUUUUUCUCCCCACCUGAGCCAGGCUGCUGAUUACAUGGGCCUGCCUCUGCUGGCGUACUAUCAUCUGCAUGGAGCGCUAGGGCUGAUGGCGUUUUUACAGAGCGUCGUUCACAUGGUAGCCGCGGUUCGAGAUGUGUCGUUCGACCUGAACAAUCAGCUCGUUCAAUUUGGCUUCAUAGUCUAUGGCCCCUUCUCUUCUCUUGCUGCCUUACUAUCUUUGAAUUCUGUCCUGCAUGCCGUGCAGUUCAUUUUCCGCAAUAUGGUUGCCGGCCAACCACUGGCGCUCGCCGAUGUGGUGAAGCACGAAGGUGCGGUGGAGUUGACGAUCCAGCUACCGCGGCCCUUCAAGGCUCGCGCCGGUCAGUAUGUCUAUGUUCGAGCUCCAGGCGUCCGUCCUUGGAGCUUUGCCGAAUCGCACCCGUUCACCCUGAUCUGGUGGGAGGAUGGGCCAGACGGUAAAGCUGUGAGGAUCUCCCUGUUGGCCAAGAUCGAAUCAGGAUUCACUAGAGCGUUGUCAACAACCCCCCACAAGCAGCUCCGAGUUCUCCUUGAUGGGCCAUACGGAGAAUGUAAAGAUAUCAGCGAGUACGACUCGGUUACACUGAUUGCUACCGGUAUCGGGAUUGCCACGCAGCUGCCAUAUGCGAAGGAAUUUCUUGCCCCACCACCAGCCAACUUGCAUGGUACAAGCAAUUCCCUAGAUAGAUCUCAAAAUGUUAGCAACAGCACCAGCAACAGCAACAGCAACAAUAAUGACGGUGAUAAUGAAUGGGAACAAGCAAAUAUCAGGACCAGACUCACUCAUAAUGAAAGAGUCAAGAUAGUUAAAGCACUUGCGGAGAGUUCGGGAGAUGACUUUGAGCGUCUCUUCAGGUUGCUCUCCGGUCGCGCGUCAGGAGACCGGCGAACGAGGCUGAGAGAAGCAAGCAAAGCAAGGAAACACGGCGCAGAGGAGGGGCGGUGUGGGUCAAGAGCGAAGAUGGCGUGGAAUCGCAUAGAACGGUGA